AUCUCUCGAUGCGCAUGGGGUUGGGUGGGUUGUUCAACAGUCGGCUUGUUUUUGCUGUCAUAAAUAAUUGGUCCACGCAGAGCACUGCUGGUGUAAACGGGUCCUCCAUUAAAAAAAAAGAAAGAAAACUUUCGGAGUGCCUUUCACCUCUAAUUGGCAUCGGCGAUUGGUGGCACCGCAGCUGGCGAACUCCUCCAAAGAGUCGACAAGAGAGAAAAACACGAAAACCAUUGAUGCCCCCUCGGCUGUUUAAGGAUGUGGUGCCCACACAAGGUAUGAAAACCUAUUUUACGGCGAAUGAAAGAGGAGUAGAAAAACAGAGGGAGGGUAUGGUGUUCUUUUGACAACCUGUUCAGUGUGGCUCGAGCGCAUCUAUGUGUGAGCCUCUGUCCUCCCCGCCCUCCCUCUCUCCAUCCCUCCAUCCCUCCCUCUCGCUUCACAGACAGGGGCGGUCGUUCUCAGUCUGCGCACAUAUUCCACUUGGCCAGCUUCACUUGAGUCCACAGACACAGCGCUGAUUGAACGAGCGGAGGGGAGCUCAUUUUCAGAGCGCAUGAUUGUUAGAGGGGCUGCACUAGACUGUCACCGGCCAGAAGCAUACAGGGAGGGACAGUAAAGCCGUUUCAACCACGCCUUUCAGAGUAAAAAAAAAAAAAAAAAAAAAAAAAAUCUACAAAAAGGGAGUCUGGUGUGUAGGAUUUUCCCUAACUAGCCUUGCUUGACUUUUUUUUCCCAAACGGAAAGUGGUUUGUCUUUUUCAUCUUUGGAAAGACGGACUCUGUGGAACCGACCUGCGCAGAGAUUCCGCCGGCCGAUUCUCUGUGCGUAAAAUAAAAGUUUAGCACGCCGAGGAGAUCAUUUCAGAGGUCUGAGAGCACGGCAAACUCCACAGUAUAUUCCAGGAAUUUUAAAGCUCUUUUUUGGACGCCCAGCGGAGGAGGAUAUAUAACUUUUCAACCGGUUCUGCGGAGAGGUACGGAGGCGCCUUGGUCUAACGGAGAGCGGAGGAAUCCUCGUUGCAGAGCCGGGAGGAGUGCGCGCAGCGCAGGGUGUCAGACUGACCCAAAGGGCGGCACCGCGGAGAUAAGGUUAUGAAGGAAUUGAGCUGAACAUGGAGCUUUUCUGGAUUUUGUUAUUUUCUAGUCUUUCUCCUCUUGCCUGGGGCCAAGGAGUUUACGCUCCAGCCAAUGCCCAGAUUGUGCACUCAGGGGCAGCGUGUAACGUCAAGGAUGAUAACAUCAGCGAGAGAAUCUACACAAUCAAAGAAGGAGACACACUAGUGCUUCAGUGCAUUGUUAAAGGACACCCACGGCCACAGGUACGGUGGACGAAGACGGCCGGCAGCGCCAGCGACAAGUUCCAGGAAACGUCCAUCUACAAUGAGACGCUGCGCAUUGACAGCAUCCAGAGGUUUCAGGGGGGUCGCUACUACUGCAAAGCUGACAACGGGGUGGGGGUGGCUGCCAUCAAGUCCAUCCGCGUAGAUGUGCAGUACCUUGACAUACCCGUCCUGACGGUGCAUCAAACCAUCAGCGACGUGCGCGGAAACUACUACCAGGAGAAGACGGUGUUCCUGCGCUGCACGGUCAACUCCAACCCUCCGGCAAGAUUCAUCUGGAAACGCGGGGACACGCCCAUCGAGCAGAGCAAGGACAACGGAGUGGACAUCUACGAGCCUCUCUACACUCAGGGCGAGACAAAGGUGCUGAAGCUGAAAAACCUAAGACCCAAGGACUUCGCUGAUUACACCUGCCAGGUGUCCGUCCGCAACGUGUGUAACAUUGAGGACAAGUCGGUGACUUUCAGACUCACAAAUGCCACAUCCCCCCCAAUGAUCCGGCUGUCAGUCAACGAAACGGUGGUGGUGGACCCCGGGCAGGAUGUGGUCCUGACCUGCGAGGUGACGUCGGGAUUCCCUCAGCCCAAAGUGACGUGGUCGCGCUACCCCGACUCCCUUCCCCUCAGCGCGUACGUCCGCGGGGCGACGCUGAUCUUACGGGCUGUAACGCCGGCGGACGCGGGCUCCUACAACUGCACGGCCGUCAACAACGUGGGCAACCCUGCGCGCAAGAACGUCAAUCUGGUUGUCAGGACCAUGGGAAACCUGACCUACCAAAUCACACCAGACUCCAACAAGGACAGCGAGACCAUCCAAAUGGACCGCGACCUGAAGCUGUCUUGCCACGUCGAUGCCACCCCGCAGGACAAAGUCAACUACACCUGGUACAAGAACGGAUCGCCCGUCUUCCCCUCGGACAGACUGUUUUUAGUGCGCAGCGAUCCAGACAUGGCGCCCGGCACCAGCAGCUUGGAGAUCGUAGACAUGAAAUUCAGAGACUUGGCGACCUACAGCUGUGUGGCGAACUUCCCAGGCAGCAGGGUGCCGGAGCUUCGUGUGGAUGUCAACAUCUCUCAGAACAGUGUCUAUCCUCCAGUGCUGUCAGUGCCACCAGGAGGUCAGGUUGUGAAUGUGAGAGAGGGAGGAAACACGGAGCUGGUGUGCCUGGUAGUAGAUGGCAAACCACGUCCACCUGUACUUUGGUCACGGACAGAGAAGGACCUGCUGAUGCCAUCAGGGCAGGCCGUGGUGGAGACGCCAGAUGGCCGCUUGAGGCUGAGGAACGUCACCCGUGACAUGAUGGGAAUGUACCGGUGCCAGACGGCCCCGUACAACGGGCUUAAUAUCAAACGCAGAGAGGCACAGGUCCAACUCAAUGUACAGUAUCCUCCUAUCCUGGACCCAGUCUUGCAAGACGUGCGCUCCAGGAACUAUCAGAUGGUGACCCUGAGGUGUACGGUCCUGCGGUCAAACCCACCUCGACUAACAGAUGUCCGCUGGUUCCGAAAUGGCGACUUCAUCCGCAUGCCGAUGCUGGACCUGAAGGAGACGCCGGAGCUGAAGUUCAAACUGGAGCCCACCAACAACGGCACAUACGAGUGCAGAGUCAGCAAUAACGCAGGAACAUCAACAUGCACGUUUAGUGUCUCUGCACGACCUUACAGUGUCGAGUUUUACUUCGAUACGCCAAACCCAGUCCGGAUUCAGAAAGGAAACAAUUAUUCCUACAACCUGCAGUGGACACAGAAAGAUCCCGAGGCCACGGACCGUAUCAUGGGCUACUGGAUUAAUGUCAGAAAGAACAAGCAGGACCUGCUGUCCUGGCCGAUGGACCUCAGGGGUAAGGAGCCAGAAAAGGGAGUGCUGAUGUCGCACACAAUAUCGAACCUGAGGAUCCCUCUGUCCUACGAGGUCCGGGUGGCUCCCAUCACCACCUACAGCGCCGGGGACUAUGUCAGUCGAAUCAUCCAGUACUCAGAGCCCUACACCUACCCAAGACCUUCAGAUCACGUGUGCGGUUUUGAGGACGAGCGGAUCUGCGGUUUCUCUCAAGAUCGGAGCGACACCUUCGACUGGACGAGACAGAAUCACCUGACGCAGAAUCCCAAGCGAUCUGCCAACACCGGCCCGGAAACCGACCGCAGUGGAACAAAGGAGGGCUAUUACAUGUACAUCGAAGCAUCACGGCCGCGUGUCCUAGGGGACAAGGCUCGUCUACUUUCUCCACUUUUUAACGUGUCGUCAGUCAGGGGCCCCAAGGGCUCCGGGAGAGUCCCAUACUGCGUCUCCUUCUACUACCACAUGAAGGGCAAGCACAUCGGCACUCUCAAUGUACUUCUGAGAGUGAGAAGCAUUGCAUCUGUGGACUCAGUGGUGUGGACAAACUCUGGUCCUCAGGGUGCCGACUGGAAGAAGGCGUUCUUUGAUAUAAGCCCCAGCGGACCUUUCCAGAUUGUUUUCGAAGGAAUGCGGGGCCAGGGUUAUGAAGGGGACAUUGCCAUCGAUGACGUAUCCAUCACGCUGGGGAAGUGCAAGCAAGAGAACACUGUAGCCAACGCAGGUAAGACAGUGCUGAUUGGAGGAUCGCGCUCGCUCCCAUUGGCCGACUGGCUGACCUUCGGCCUCUCCUGCUCCCUCCUGCUACUGUACAGAUGAUGAGCACUUCCCACGGCAACACCGCACCGCCUGUCUGUGCUGACAGACACUGCCCUGACUAGCGCUCUUUUACUUCUCUCUCAACCCGUCUCCCUGUUGUUUCUUCUGGGUAACUGUCUCCUCACCUGUCCGUCCUCUUCACUUAUUGUCUUUCUGUCCGCCGUGCAUUCGAUUCCAUCUCCCAUGCUUAGGUAAAAAGAGGCACAAAGUCGUCGUCGAGUUUCUCGUCCUCCGCUUUCUUUGAAUACCACCCCACACCCACACCCACACCCACCCAUCCCCCCAUCCAAACAGUCAGUGUAACCAACUGAUGCUGUAUUUAAGGUUAACAUACUUAAUCAUCCAUAGCAUUCAAGCUUGAGAGUCUCUCCCUUGUCACGUGUCACGUCCUUUUUUCCCCUCUCCUCCUUCAUCCACCUCCCUCAUCCAUGCGUGCACCCGUCGUGUAUCUUCACUCCCCUGAACCGCUCUCCUUGACGGCCCCUCCGCCCUUAUUCCCCAGACACGCCAAAGUGUCGGACACUCUACCAAAGAUGACAAAGGACCUGAGGGAAUAAAAUGAGGGAGCAGGGAUUCCAGGGAGAAAGUGAAAGUGAGAGAAAGAGAAAGGAAAAGACACAGAGAGACAGAUGGUGCUGAAGGAACUUCAGAAGAGAACUUCUUCGCAAAGACUCCUUCCCGUCCCAGACUCGGAGACCCACGGAGCUACGGAGUGACAAAGACGGAUGAAAUCAACUGAUGAAUGAAUGAAUACACCAAUGGACGGUCGGUGAAAGGAUGACCCAGAAACAGAGGAUAAAAGACGGUUGCCCCUGGUAACCUCUCUGCUUGCCACAAGAGACGAACCUCAGUGCGGAUUAUACGUGUACAUUUAUCUCUCUACAUAUAUAUAUAUAUAUAUAUAUAUAUUAAAUAUAACAAAGUUUAAACUACUUUAAACACAACUAGGACAGUGGAGAACUUUACAAAAGUGAAAUUAAAGAAGCACAACGUUUAUACAACCUCUGCUGUUCCUUUGGGUUUUAUUCUACUUAUUAUGUGAUGUUGCGAUUUGUCAGACCUAUUCAAUGUUUUUGAUAUUUUACAGUUUUUGUUUUCUUAUGGCGCAACACGCGCCAUGGGCAAUGGGUAAUAAAGUAUUAUAUUACUAUUUAUGAUAGAUGAUGCAGAGAGGGUGAUUUCUGAUCCAGAACCUGAGUAUAGCAUGUGGAGGGGAAUGCAUUCACACAUACAAUACUGAACAUACAAGUAAAAGACACAUACAAACACAUCGCUGGCAUCUGGGAGCACCUCAGCUCACCCACUGCCUGAAUAACACAAGGGGGGGAAGCCGUGGAUGGGGUCUCCUCCCACUUUCAGAAACUGGUGUCGACGUGAGACUCAGAGGUCGGAUAGGGCAGCCAGGCCUGUCUCUCACAUAAAGAAAGUCAUGGUGUGGGUACGGUAAGCGGAAAAGCGGCUGGAGUAAGUUUCAGCACUUUUCUUUCUCCACAGGUUACUGAAUGUCAUGUAUGGAUUUCCCAUACGCCGCUGAGUGAAAGACGGAGAUGAUUGUCAGUGUCUGCCAUGUGUGCAGUGUGGGUUGUGUAUUCGUUGCCAUUGUUUGAUUAUUGUUGAAAGUCUGUUGUGUAAACCAUUCAGAAUCCCAUAGAUAUGAUAUGUUAAAGCUAAGCAAUACUCAUAUCUAUAGAUCUAUUUACAUUUGUUUUUUAAUGCAUUUAACAAAGAAAAAAAAAACAGUGUCCAUAACACAUCGUCAUGGGUGCUUGACUCAUCUCUUAUUAGUUCUCUAUGUAAUCGUCGUUCAUGCAGGUAGCAGGUCCCUCUGUAACCAUUUUAUAUCAGUUAAAUAUGUUUGCAUUUUGUUGCAUUAUGCUUUCAAAAGAACAACUCACACGAUCUGCUUAUGUAUAAAUUACAUGUAAAUUACUCUUUGUCCGUGUCAUGUCACACUGAGUUGAUUAUUGUAUUUUUCCGUUACAUGUUUAUUUUCUUCAUUGUGGUCAGUGCAAACUGUGUUAUUGUUUUUAUUCAAUCAUAAAUAGUAUAUAACAUGCAGACAUGAUGUGCCUAUUUGACUUGACUUGUGUUGAACAAAUUACAGUGUAACUGCUGCAAAGUUGUGUAAAGCGUCUUGGACAAACCUGUGCGAUGCCACGUACGGUAGAGCAUUGUGUGAACAUGGAAACGAACUGCAAGCAAACCUUUAAAGUUGCAAAAAGACGCUCCCUGUACCUUAGCUUUAUCCCUGUCAUACGUUUUCUUUUGAUAUGACAAGCGCACCUGAUGGGACGUUACACAUGGAUGACACAAACUCUUUAAGAUGAAUUCGAGUAAUAUGCUUUUCGUGUAAACUGUUAAGUCUGCGGAAGGCCUGCAACAUUACAGCUCCUAACAAUGUCUUCAAAAUGGCCGUCAUUUUCCGACAAACACAGUAUAGUGAAACGUGUUUGGUUUUUUUAGACAUUGAUCACUAUGCCUCCAGUCCCUGCAUCCUUAUGACUAAGGGAAGUGGUGACAUGUGGCAUUUAUAUCAUCUUAAGUUGUACAAUAUCAUACGCAUUAUCCUGCAUAACAGCAGUGCAUUUUAGGUCACUACUUUACCCAUGCAGUAGUGAUACGUUUUAGAAAUCUUAUUAAGCGUUGAUGUGCAUGGCAUUUCAUCAUGGUAACUGUCAAAUCAUCCCUCAUAUUGCUUCAUAUUUCAAUGGCAGGUGUAAUGCUCCCAUUGUCAUCAUUGGAUUUGGACAUGUGAACAUCAGCAAAUGAAAGACGGGGAUGUUAUGAAGGACUGUGUGUACCCUUGUCGUAGUUCUCACAAAGGAAUGCAUCAUUUGUCUUGGUGUGACAACUCGUACGUCAAGUUUAAAGGAGAAUACCAUGUGUCAGUGCACUCAGAUUAGAGCAGACUGUCUAGAAACAAUCCUUCUGCCCCAUCACUGAGUUUUAACAUUAUCAUUUAAAACACAUACUGUUUCCAUAUACUCUCAUAUGGCAGUGAUAUUAACACAUUAAUUAUCCGAGGUGGCAUACUACAAAUCAAACUGGAGGAAAAUCUUCCAAACGGGAAACAUUGCUUCUAACAGAAUGUAAACGAAGGGUUUGUCGUUUCUUUUCCUUCCGUCUCAGUAUGAACCAUUCUAGCAAAGGUUUUGAUGUAUUCACACCUGUAGCAACAAGCUCUUUGGGACAUAUCGUAUCUAGGACAGAUACAAAGUAAGGCCUGCAUAUAUCUUCCAUAAAAAAAAUCACAUGCUGAAGGUAUCACUUACAGUUCGGGUGAUGUUCAAUAUUCAGUAUAAUUGUUCCUAACAUCUGUCAAUAAACUGAAAACUGAAGCAAAGAAGAGCAUUUUCUGAAUAAACAUCUGUCCUAGGUAACAAGCCAACAUAUUGAACACGCUGGUCGUCAUACGGUGCCAGGCAACCAAAUGAGAUUGUGUGCUAGAACACAAUCAGCUAGAAUUGUGAGCGACUACUGAUCCUGCAUACAUUUGUGAUAAAGUUAAAGGUCCAUCAGAUCAUAUUUGGCCUUAACAUGUAAAUUUGAUUUCAGUACAGUUGUUAGUAGCAGACAUAUUUUUUGACUAUAGCAGAUUUGAGAAUGUGAUGAUGGAUUGUCUAAAUGUACCAACAGCGUGACUUAAGACCAAACCAAAGGCAACCAAUCAAAUGUGAAGUAGUGGUGAGAAUGGUCUGAACAACUUGAAGUGAUCAGCAGUUUAUGAAAGUAUCUGAGUCCAUUUCACAAUCUAUUUCAGGUGCAGCUCUCUAACAUAGUGUGGGAAACACCAGAGUAGUUUUCCCAAGACCACAGAGCAGUGUUGCCAGAUAUAAGACAAUUACCACAUUUCUACAACAGUUUUGGGGCUUAUAUGAAAGAAAAAGGCAAAUAUAUAUAACAAUAUAAUAGUUUGUCAUUUGACUGACAAUGAAUAAAGCAGUUAAAAUCAGUGGUUUCAUUCAUACGGCCAAACCUCCGUGUUUAUUCCUUAGGUUAUUGCAGUUUUGUGCAUAAAUGGCUUUGAUUUUAAAUGCACUGUGCUUUUUUUUUCAAGUUGUUUUAGUACAUAUGAUAGUUUGGGUGAAAAUAUGGUUAUUUUAAAGCAACAGUGCGAUAUUUUUUCAUUUCCCCAUCUGGCAGCACUCUAACAGGGUUCUUACAUCUUGUUUGUGUGAAUGCAAUGUUCAUUUCCACUUCGUCCUUGCAGCAUUCACAUUCAUCAUUUACCAUCGCAGAGCUGAACAUGUACGCACACUGACAGACAAGGCAAACAGACAGACACUCACAAAGAGAUCCCUGCGACCAUGCAGAAAAAUAAUAACAGCUGGAAUGACAAACUGACUGUUAAUCUUCCACCUACUGUCUCUUCUGUCUUGAAUGAAAGGCGCACAUUUGAAAGUUGUUGUUUUUUUUUUAUGGAAAUGACAGUAUGAAACAAUGAAACAAUCAGCAGCUGAGUGGUGCUGGUAACACUCCAGGGUAACUCUUUCCUUUAAAAGAUAUUUAAUUUUUGGUUUACAAACCAGAAUUAACUUUAUCCACUGAAUUCUAUGGCCGUUCCUCAGGAGAGGGUUUGAGACGGUGUUAAUUUGUUUUACUGAACAACUUUGAUUGAAUGCGCUGUCUUACAAAAAUCAGAACUGUUCAACAUCUUGUUGACACACACAUCUUGAAGGUGCACAAGUACCUGAAUCCCAGUGGACUUUUUGACAUGUAACCAACACAACUGUGUGUAGUUUCCUAUGGCAGCACAGCGAGCAGCUCCAAAGUGCCGAGCCUUAUAAUCUUAUGAUUUAGGUUUAUAGGAAUCACCUGACUGUUGAAACUCAACAUGACGAGCAUUGUCUUCUCAUUAAAUGAGUUUUGGGAAAUGGCGCAGCGUUCACAGUGGUAGUAAACGUGUUGACUGUCAGGAUUUACAGCAUACUACAGCACUCAAUAUAUUGAUCCCUUUCAGAGCAGAUGUGAAAUGCACCUUUGAGGGAAAGACUAGGGAGGAAGGUAGCAAACAGCGCUGUGUGAUGUUUAUUUCUGUCAUGUAUUUUAGAGAAAAGUACAUUUGAAAUAUGACUCUGAAAGGUAUAAAUAAACAUGAAUGAAACAAA